AUGGCGGCGAUGCAGUGGUGCGGUGCGAUAACGCGACGGAUUCUGAUGACGCAGCGUACAUCUGCAACAUUGUCUUCGACGGCGAGGUAUUCUUCGUUAUCUCCGGCGUGUGCAGCACCGGCGAUAUCGGAGAUGGAUUUGUGCGGUAGAGGAGAUAAGAAGACGAAGAAAGGGAAAAGAUUCAAAGGAACGUACGGGAAUUCGAGAGGGAAGAAGCAGAAGAUGAUUGAGCGAAUCAAAGACAAGCUCGAGGUUCCAAGGUCUACUCCUUGGCCUCUCCCUUUCAAGCUCAUCUGA